AUGAAGACUCACGGACCGGUACUGACCAAUCUGACAUGUACGAAUAUUCCAAUAGCAAGUUUAUCUUCGCGAACUGACGAUCGGUUUAGUCAGUUGAAAAUGUUCGCCUCGCCGCAAUUUUUGUCAAGUUCGUCUCAAACAUGUGGCAAAUACGAUAUACGAUCAACUUACACGUUGUAUGUCAAAUCAAUCAAUGUAUUGAUUGAGAAUUUCUGUUCAAUUGUACAAGCACAUCCGAUACUUUUGAUCUAUUUGAAUGAUUAUCGAAUUGAAAAUCAUGCCUCACCAGCUGCAUAUAUCUUUUUCUUAAAAUUAUUUACGUUUUUGCAAUAUCCGAUGUUAACAUUUCAUUAUUUUCAUCCAUUUCAUCCCGAACAUUUUCCAAGUUAUCGCUUCUUUCAACUGGCCCCGACCUAUCGCGAAGAAGCGCGGGCUUUGAUUUCACUCUUAGAACGAUAUGAUUGGAAUACAUUUUCGCUAAUUAUCGAACCGCGAUUACCUGGCGAAGACGAACUUACUGAUGAAUUCGAACAACACGGAAAUGAACAACGAGAUUGUAAAAGAACAUCGUGUCAUCGGAGCCAUCUCAAAGGACAAAAAAAAUUAACAAUUCUGUCAAAAAUUGAUAUUAAAAGUAACAAUCCAAUCCACAUUCGACAGCAAUUAGCGUUGAUGAAUCCUGAAACACGUGUUAUUAUUGUGCAUACAACAUCAUCGUUAGCUUCAUUGAUUGUCAAACAAGCGAAUAAUAUGAGUUUAAUGGGAUCGGAAUAUAUGUGGAUUAUGUCGUCGAUUGUUCUUUCAACAUAUAGCAGUGGAGGAACGGAACCGAAAAUGAGUCCGUAUGAUAAUCCGAAUCGACGAAAGAUGGACUUCUAUGCUGGAACGUUAGCGUUGUACAAUGAUGUUACUCGAGAUACGGUUCUUAGUCGUUUUGAUAAAUACGUUGGACCGAUAUUAACGAGUAUUUUCUCUCAGAGUUUUCAUCUUGAUGUGAUAAAACACUGGAAUGAGAAUUUAACAAUACCUCGUCGGUUUCCUUCACGCGAUCAAGCAUUCUGUAAUCGAUUAUUCAAUGAGAACAAAUCAAUUCACCAACCAUUUCUAAAACAUUCCUAUCCAAAUCUUUACAAUUUAUUGAAAGAAGCAUUUCAGCAUGCACAUGGAGUUUUUCAACGCGAUGGUCUCGCACUCGCCGGGAACUAUUCAGUCUUAAAUUAUCAAUAUCCUGAUCGAGAAUGGAAAAAGGUUGGCGAAUAUAUAAAUAGUACAUUAACGAUCGCCGAUAUUCAAUGGCCGGGUGGACGGUCGAAGCCUCCGCCCGGAAAACCUGUCAUUUAUUAUUUGAAAGUAGUCACAUUAGAAGAACGUCCAUUUGUAAUGUUGAAAGAUCCAUCAAUUGAUGGAAAAUGUCAAGCAGGCUCAGUUAUUUGUCGAAUCGGUCCGGAAAAUUCAGGUGCUAAUCAUAGUGAUCCACAUCACUAUCAAUGUUGUUCAGGAUUCUAUAUCGAUAUAUUCAAUGUCCUUAAAGAACGAUUGAAAUUUGAAUUUGAACUUUAUCAAGUUCUGGAUCGCACCUGGGGCGCGCGAAAUCCUAUAACGAAUAAAUGGAAUGGAUUGCUUGCUGAAAUUUUGGAGAAUCGAGCGGACUUAACAUUAACUUCAUUGAAAGUCACAACAGAACGAAAUGCUGCGGUAGAUUUCAGCAUUCCCCUGAUGGAAACGGGCAUUGCUUUGAUUGUUUCGUUGAGACAAGGCGCUAUCUCCACAACCGCAUUUCUUAAACCCUAUGAUUAUCGAAUAUGGGUUUUGAUUUUGUUGGUAACACUACACGGUGUUGCCAUUAUGAUAUUUCUUUUUGAAUAUUUUAAGCAAAGGUUAACCAUUCAUUAUUCACAUUAUGGACUUGAAGAUGGUGAAAAAUUGCCUAAUUCACCAUGGGAACUUAUUCUUGACCUUUUUCGUCGAUCAGAAAAGAAAAAAAGUUUGAAAAAACCUACCACUCCAAUGACUGAAUUCUUAGUAUUCAUCUCUGUAGAUCUGAAUAUCACUUUCUUUCAAUCAGUUUGGCUUAGUUGGGUUAUUCUCUUUCGAGCACCGGCAAAAGUUAACAAUCCAAAAGGUUUUACCUCGAAAUUCAUGGCAAACAUUUGGGCAUGUUUUUGUCUGGCAUUUACCGCGAGUUACACUGCUAAUUUAGCUGCCUUUAUGAUCACGAAGGAUACUUAUUUUGAACUAUCUGGUAUUACUGACCAUCGAAUAUCCAAUCCUCAUUCGAUUAAACCAUCGUUCCGUUUUGGAACAGUUGCAAACGGAAGCACUGAUGAAGUACUGAAAACGAAUCAUAAAGAAGUUUAUACAUACAUGACACAAUUUAUGAAGAAGAAUAUCACCGAAGGCAUCAAAGCACUGAAAGCACAUGAAUUGCAUGCAUUUCUGUAUGAUGCAGUUGUACUCGAUUAUCUCAGUGGACAAGAUGACGAAUGUAAAUUACGUGUUGUUGGAAAUUGGUAUGCAAUGACUGGAUAUGGAAUUGCAUUUCCAAAACAAUCGAAAUUUAAAGAAAUGAUUAACAAGGAAAUCAUCGAAAUGCAUCAUUCAGGAGAAAUCGAGCGUCUUCGUCGAUUUUGGUUUACCGGAGCAUGUAAACCCGAUAUGUUGCAUCAAUCACAACGAAGUAGUCAACCGUUAGAUGAAAGAAAUUUUACAUCCGCUUUUUUACUUCUGUCCGGCGGAACGUUAAUCGCAGUAAUUAUUCUACUUUCUGAAAAUGCAUAUUCAAGGUUUGUUGCAAGAGCAAGACGAGUAGGUCGGGAUCAGCAACGUCAACCAGAAGGCAAACCAAUGUUAACCGAUAAUACAAAUCAACAUCGACCAGAUCGUUCACGACGUGAAAAAGUCUUAGAAAAUUAUGUCGAAAUUCUCAAAGAACGUAUUCUUGAAUUGGAAAAAGAAGCGUCAUCGAAGAUAUCAUCUCCGCAAGUGAAUAACACUGAAAUUAAACGUAAGAAUACAGCAGACGGUGUGGUGCUGCCCGUAACCUAUUUAUCUCCGUCGGUAUCAAAUCCUCGAUUGGAAAUUGUUUCGUAUCCACCAGCAGAUGACAGUCGAUUACAAUUAUUACUUGUCGAGCAAACUCAUUCACCAGUAUAUGAAACAAUCGUUUAG